AUGGACUCAUUACCACCAGACCUGAUAUCACGAGUGGUGGACUGCCUUGAGACUACACCAUCGCACGAACCAAAGCCUCAACUUACCCCAUAUGCCACCGUGAGUCGUCAAUGGCAGUUAAAGACCGAGAGGCGCAUAUUUCCCGCCAUCUACCUCCACAGCGCCAAUCGGCCUCAAAAGUUUCAACAAGUAGUAGCAUCCAACACCUACAGACAGUCUUGCAUUCGGUACAUUGAUCUCAUGGUUGAACUAGAGUCAUACGACGACAAGGCACGCGCUAGGUUCGAAAUCCACGAAGAACAGCAACAAAAUAACAAGAUCUUCACUGUAAUUAGCCACUCGUUAUUAGUAACCUUGACAUCUUGGCCAGCUGAUACUACCGUGACACUCGUGAUCACUGCGCAGACUCCCAGUGACAGUGUUGAUCUUAAUGGACAAUGGGAAAGAAAGCAGCGAGAGCAAGCAGUGAUUCUACGACAGGAGGACCUUUUCGAACAGCGAUAUGAAACAUCCUAA